CAGGUGACGUUGUGGGUCACACAGACCCUUCCGCCCCUCCUCCCGUCUCCUUCCUUCCUUCCUUCUCCCUCCCACCACCACACAUACCCCAGACACGGUUAGGCGCCCACCCAUCCUCUCUCUCCAUCUCUCUCUCUUGCAGGAGGCGAUCGGUAACCAGUUGUGGAUUUUUUUUUUUUUUUUUUUGUUUCAAUGACCACAGCCCACUUCUUUUCUCUUCUCCUUUGUAGCCCCACUCCUUUUUCUUUGUCUCUCUCUAUCUGGGGAUCGAUUCUGAUGAGGAAUUCGCGCCAAAUAUAGGAAAAGAGAAAAGGGCGGAGGAUUUGAGGCAGGGGGGUUUGCUUUUCCCUUCCUUGUUUAGUUUCUUCCGUUGUUUCUGCGUUAAGAUUGAGCGAAGUUAGGGUUUUUUGGCUUGUGAGGGAGAUGGAGGAGAAUGAGGUGGGGAACCCCAAUGAGCUGGGGAUGGAUCUGGAUUUGAACGUGGGGCUUCCCUCACCUCCCCAUCUCAUCUCCUACCUCGGCUUAGGGUUGGAACCGGAACAAGAGACGCCCUUUCAUGUGAUCUCUCCGAGCCACUGGUUCUCCCAGAUCCCUUCCGCCGGUGGUCAUGAUUCGGAGGCAGCUGCAAGACGAGGGCAUCUGACCGUGGAAGAAGGCAGCAGCAGCGGAGGUGCUCGUUUGGUUGUUAAUUCGGAGGGGGAAGGGCGGAGCAGUCGAUCCAGCCAUGCUAGGCACCGGUGGAGAAGGCGGGAGAUGCGAAGGAUUCGGCCUACAGUAUUGGAUUUGCCGGGGCCAUACUCCAGCCGCGGCUCUAGGGCGGGCGGCUCGAUGGGUCAUCUUCUGAUCUUCAGUCCCGUCGACGGUGGUGUCGGGGCAUCUGGAGGAGAAGCUGGCACCAUUACGGGGAACGCCGGCGGCGCCUCUGCUGCAGCAGAAACGGCGCCGGGGACCCAGAAGCCUGACCCGAAGAGGCUAUUGGCAGAGGCUUUGGCGGACGAAACGGAGGAGCAACGGGAGGCAUCGACCAGCAAUUUUGAGUGUAAUGUGUGUCUUGAGGUUGCGAAGGAGCCGGUGGUGACGUCCUGCGGCCAUCUGUUCUGUUGGCCGUGCCUUUAUCAGUGGAUCCAUGUGCAUUCGAAUUCCAUGGAGUGCCCUGUAUGUAAGGGUGAGGUGACGGAUAUGAACAUCACCCCCAUCUACGGGCGGGGAAGCACAAGUUCUGAUUCUGGUAAAGCAGUUCAGGAGGACCUUGGAUCGGGAUUGAAGGUGCCUCCCAGGCCCCAUGGUUGCCGGAUAGAGAGUCUCCGGCAGAGGAUUUACAGGUCGACGUCGAGGCGAAUGGACCGGUUCGCUGGCCUAAGAGAGUAUUUGGGAUUGAGGGCUGCGGAGAUGGGCGAUCGGGAGCGACCACCAGUUGCAGAGGAAGGUACAGAAGACUUGUUCGAGGGGCUUCACGCUGUAACGGAUCGGAUACUUAGCAUGGUGAGAGUUGCUCAGAGGUUAGACAGGGAGAAUUUGGAUGGGAGGUCUCAAUCUGGGAGGAGAGGGCUAUUCCGGAACUCAGCCGAAUUCAGGCUAAAUCCGCCUGAAACUAGGGCAGAUUCGCGUGGCGACCGCCUUAACAUAGAAGAAAUUAGUGGUCGAUUGAGGGGCCGCUCCUUCCUUAGGGAAGGAGGUGAUCACUGGCAUGUUUUUUCCAGUCGGAUGCAGCGAUCAGAUAGGUUAGCCGCACUAAGUGCCCGACUUGCAUCAGUGGAAGGCAUGCUUCAAAGAUUUGCUCAGACUGCUAGCGGGCCGGCUAAUUCCGGCCCCUCAGCACCGAUGAACGUCAACAGUUCACCUUCCGUAGAUAAUCAAGGCGCUCCACAGUCCUCUGGACCUGCUCUUGCUGAAGACAGGACCUCGAUCUCGAGUACUGCUGGAACUAUUCAGCCAGAUAGCUUGGCCGGAGAUGUUUCUGCUGAACCAGCUUCUGUGGGAUCCUCUUCUCACACACGGAGAAGAAGAAAUGGAGCUUCUGGCUCUUCAGAUGUAGAUGGUGGGGCUGCCUAUGCUUCGAAAAGGCGGAGGUUGAAUUAGUUUUCAUGAGGAACAUCCUUCAUCAUCGUACUCAAAGACUGAGCGAAUAACGUCUUCGCUGUUGGCUGCAGAAUGCUGCGUUUAGGAACUUGAAGCUGUGGAUAUCUGCUGCGCCAUGGCCUGACCGAGUUUAAAAGAUUUCAGAUGUUUCUCAUAUUUACUCACUUACGUGUAUGCUUUUAGCUUAGUACAUACCUGUCUGUAAGUUUGUUAGCGCCUUCUUUCUGCCAUUCAUAUCAAUCUAGUGGUAGCGAUGAUAAGCUAUGCUAUUUGAUAAUUUUGUUUAUAUAGAAAAUAUUUUCUCGAUUGCUUCA